UUCCACAGAGUGUGACAUUCACUUAUUUAAUGUGUUUCAUUCUUCUCCUCUUUCAGAUGACUGACUCCGAUGAAGCUGCUGUAAUCAGACCCUCACUGAGUGAGGCCCAGGUGGUGGAGUUGGUCGGACGGUUGUACGGUCUGAAGGUUUCAGAAGUCAAACCACUGCCCAGCUACAUGGACCAGAACUUCCACAUCCUGGUGUGCGAGACCCAGGAAGGUGGAGAUCACGGGGAGAGCUACGUCCUCAAGGUUCUGAACACUGCCGAGAGCCAAGACACUGAUUUGGUGGAAGUACAAACGCGAGUCAUGAUGUUCCUAAACCAGAAAGGUUUUCCUACAGCCACACCAAUCACAACCAUUGAUGGCAAGAUUCUGUCCCUGGAGACAAUCAGUUGUGGUGAAGAAUAUAAGAACUACAUGGUCCGAUUGUUGACCUACCUGCCAGGAACUCAACUACUGGGGAUCUCUGCAGACCCACAGAUCUUGUACAAAAUUGGCCGAACACUUGCUCAGAUUAACAAAGUUCUGACAGAAUUCAAGCACCCCAACAUUAAGAGUCUGCAGCGAGAUUCCUACAUCUGGAACCUUUCAAACACUCACCAGCUGCACAAGUACCUGUUCGCAGUGAAGAACACCAGCGAUCGCCAAAUUGUGGAGCAAAUUAUUCAGCAAUUUAUGAAGAAGAUACUUCCAAAUAUCAACAACUUUCAUAAAAGUAUUAUUCACGGGGACUUCACUCACACCAACAUUCUUGUGCAGCCUCUUCAUUCAUCAGCUGAUUGCUGCAACGUAGCAGGUCACAUGCAGCAGGAGCUGGAGAUUUCUGGCAUCCUGGACUUUGGCGACACGGCUUGUGGUUACUAUGUGUGUGACUUGGCCAUCUGCAUAAUGCACCUCAUGCUGGACAGUGAAGACCCCCUGCAUGUUGGAGGCCAUAUUCUUGCAGGUUUCGAGAGUGUGAUCCCUUUAACUCUCCAGGAAAGGGAUGCCUUGUAUUUGCUGGUUCUUUGCAGGUUUUCCCAGUCGCUGGUUUUCGGGACAUAUAAUAUUUUGCGUUACCCAGACAAUGAAGAGUACCUACAGAUCACAACAAGAACUGGCUGGAAGCAUUUACGCCAACAUUGGGAUCUAGGAAAAGAAGCAGUGGAGAAGAUUUGGUUUGAGACGGCCAAGUCCUACCUCACUCUGUGAAACCUCUAUUGGUUCUCAGUGCCGGAGUAUCAUUGCCUCUCCCACAACAUCCAUAUUUGAAAGAAAGAUUAAAACACAAUCGAGCAAUAUUCCUACCAUUUGAAAUUAUAUCCAGAUGGAUGUUAAGCCAUUUUUCACUGGCAUCCUUUAGUUUAGUUUAGUUUAGUUUAUUAUCACCUAUGCUGAGGUACAAAUAGGUAGAUAGGUGUUCAGCACUGCUCUCUGGUUUAUGUUUUUCGCUGGCCACCUUUCAUUCACAUUUCCCACUGUAACUGAAUCAACAGUCCAAGUGUGAACCUCUCUACAGUCACUGAGUCCCAGUCCAGAGCUUCCCUUGCAUGGGCCUGAAAUGGUGC